CCCCCCCCCGCAAAAGACUCCGAACUCCGAAUUCCGAGUCAACAUUGCAUAUGCACGUCCCUUUCUCUCCCCACAUCAGUACUCCGUAUCUUGACUCAGGAAUAAAUACCUCGAGCACGUCCCCACGAACUUAUCCUCCAAUCCGAAAACACAAUGGCCCAAUCCGUCCCAGCCUCCACCCCCGUCGUCGAUAACUGGGACCCGCACACGUACGGCACAACUGUCGCACCAUUCGUCUCGAAGCUCACCACAAGAGUUAUAUCCCUCCUCGACCUACAACCCGAUGACACGCUCCUGGACAUCGGCUGCGGCGACGGCGCGCUAACCUCUACGCUCUCCCCCCUCUGCGCCCACAUCACCGGCAUCGACUCCUCCGCAUGGAUGAUCUCGGCGUGCCCUCCGUCCUCCAACACCGAGUACAUCGUGUCCUCGGCGCUAUCCCUGCCGACGCUCCCCCUCCCAUCCUACACAAAACUAUUCUCGAACGCAGCUCUGCACUGGAUCCUACUGACGACGCCUGCUCAGCGCACGGCGUUCUUCGCGCGCGCGUUCGCCGCGCUCCAGCCCGGCGGCACGUUCGUUGCCGAGUGCGGCGCGCACGGGAAUAUGGCCGAGGUGCACGCGGCGAUUAUUGCGGCCCUGGUGCAUCGCGGCGUUAAUCCGGCGAUGGCCCGGGGGGGUACGCCGUGGGGGUUCGGGACCGAGGCGGAGUAUUCCGCGCUACUGGAGGGCGCCGGGUUUACCAUCGAGUUGGUAGAGACCGAGCUUAGGCAGACGGAGUUGACCAGCUGCGAGGGUGGAGGUGUGGGCGGCUGGGUUAGGCUGUUUGCGGACGAGAUGUUAAAGUGUCUGCCGGAAGGGGAGAGGGAUGGAGCGGUUGAGGAGGUGGAAAAGGUCCUGGAGGGCGUGGGGAGGCGCGAGGAUGGUGGGAUGUGGGUUAAUUAUGUCAGGUUGAGGUUUGUGGCGAGGAGGCCGGUGGUGUGAUGCAUACCUCUACGUAUCUCCGGCAGGAUAAAAUCAUAUCCAUUACUUGAGUCAUAAUUGAAAUCUGCUGGCGACGGUGGUCCCC